GCCAUUAGCCCAUCAGCAGUGUUACAAGUUAACAGUGAUACAACGUGCCUGGACACGCAGCCACAGAACAAAAAAAAAGCAAAAACGUCGCAGAAGCAGCAGCGGAAUAAUCAACAAAGACGGCAAACAUGGCGACUGAAAUCGACGAGUUGAUUGAACGACUGAAGACGACCAGCGUCAGUGCGGCGAACACGACCAACUUGCUCUGCGAGAUCUCGGCCACGAAGGAUCCCAAACUGUUUGAUAAGCACGAGCUGGCGGAGUGCUUCCUGGGCCUCACCAAGUGCGACGACACCAACGUGCGCAAGGAGGCGGCCAAGUGCAUUGCGGAGAUCACCAAGUCGGAGGUGCAGCGCAAAAAGUUCACCAAGAGGAACAUAAUAGCCGCAUUCCUAGAGUGUUUGCGCCACGUGCCCACGCCCGACGGCAGCAUGGAGCUGCCUAUACAGAUAUGUCGGGCUCUGGGGAACAUUUGCUACUUGAACGACGAGGCCAGAGAUUUAAUUCUCGAGCUGGAGGGUGACGCGGUUUUGCUGCGACUGCUGGACAUCACAACCAUCGAGGACGCGGCCAAUGCGGCGCAGUUCAUCAAAGUACGUGGUGGUCUGUUGUCCAACUAUCUGCUCGGAGGCGAGGGCUUGGCCAAGCGGGCCAUGGAGCUGGGCGUGAUGAAGAAGCUGCAGGGGAUCAUAGACAUUGGCGCCUCCAAUGUGGAACAGCAUGAGGAUCUGCUGCUGAACACGCUUCCACUUCUCAGUAUACUCACCGAAAACGUGGCGGAUCUAAACUUUGACUCCUCCCUAAAUAUCCAGCUGUCUCGCAUUCUGGCCGCAUCCACAAAUCCCGAUCUUGCCGAGAUGUGCCUGGAGUUGCUCCAUUACCAGGCGGAGAGUGACGAAGUCAAGCUCAUUUUGGCCAAGGACGGUCUGUGUGAAACCAUCUACAACCUGCUGGAAAAGUACAAAACGCUGGCCAGCACAAGUGAGGCCAGAGCGCUGAUGAAGCUCGCCUGCGAACUCAUCGUAUUAAUCCUUACUGGUGAUGACUCCAUGCACUAUUUAUACACCACGCCGUUGCUGAAGAACAUGGUCGAUUGGCUGGACUCGACGGACAUCGAUCUGCUAACCACCGGCGUGUUGGCCUUGGGCAACUUUGCGCGCACCGAUAGCCACUGCAUCUACUUUGUGGAGCAGCAGACCAUGAACAAGCUGCUCAAAGUGCUGGCCAAGAACAAUGGCGUCAAGGACGAUGUGCGUCUGCAGCACGCUCUUCUCUCCGCGCUGCGCAAUCUGGUCAUCCCGAAGCCAAACAAAAACGCGGUAAUCCAGGCUGGCCUGGUACAGACGAUUCUUCCCAUGCUUGAAAUACACCAGCCACCAGUCGUCUUCAAGCUGCUGGGCACGCUUCGCAUGACCGUCGACGGACAGGAGAAACUCGCACUGGAGCUGCUGAAGAACAAAACACUGAUCGACCAGCUGGUGCACUGGAGCAAAUCGUCGGACUAUGCCGGCGUCACCGGGGAGUCUCUGCGCCUCAUGGCCUGGCUAAUCAAGCACGCCUACUUGAGCAAAAUCGCAUAUGCACUGCCACGCAAGGGCGAUGCACCCGCCGAACAGAUUGCCGACAAGAUCCCACUGACCCAGGACUACGAUCGCAGUAGCCUGAGCGAGUUCCUUGCCAACGAGGGAACCGUUGAGGCCAUGGUCAGCAUGCUCACGGCUCAGCACCUGGUGAUGCAGAAUGAGGCGCUGAUUGCCUUGUGCAUCCUGUCCGUGGUGUAUCUGUCGCAGGCGAGCGAGGCGGCGCAGGCCCAGCGGCUGCAGGACGAGCUGGUCAAGUGCGAGGUCGGCAAGAAGCUUGCCGAGCUCAUCAGCAAGUCGUCGGACACCAUGACCAAGGAGAUUGUCGAGAACCUGCAGAACUGCGUGAACUUGCUCAAGUCUUCCGAACAGCUGGUGGCGCAUCUGGAACAGCAUAACAUCAACGAGCUGCUAAAGUCUAUACCCAUUCUAACCGAAUAUUGCACCUUGUAAGAAAAAAGGGGACUGUUGCAUUGCAUUUAUCCCAGCACCGCAGGAUGCCUCACAGUAGGAUGGGUCGAUUUGUACGAUUGAACAAAACAUAUGUACGUUAGGGGUAAGCAGUUAUCUUUGGAAAAUGCUAUAUAUCUUACAAAAACAUAUAUUGGGCUGUUCGUAAUUCCCCUUUACUAUUAAGCCAUUAAGGCUUUUUUUUGUUAAAUUGUAAUAAAAUGAACCCAUUUGAGAUUCACUGUCGUUGCAUAAUUUCAAAAAGCCAAAGAUAAAUGUUUGCAACUAUUAGUGCAUGUUUUUCAAAAAAAAUCAGCCCACCCUUAGCCACACAGACACACCUAAAACCGGAGGAAAUAGUAGUUUUCACCAUAAAGCAACGAUUCAGAUGUAGACUUGACUGUAGUUUGGUAAGAAGAAAGUGCAGAUUGAGAUGUUAAGCGCACUGGAACACGCGAACACGAGAGGAGCAGAAUGUAUUUUUUAGACGCAAGCGUAUUUUGACUGCAUUUAUGAGGAGAAUCCGAUGUAGUGAGGGCAAAUCACAAAUCGUAUGAAUAUUUAUAACAUACAUAAUAUAUACGUAUAAAUAUAAUAAUAUUAAAAAUUUAGCAUAUUAAUCUUUUCUGUUACAUGAUUUUUAAGAGCACAAUAACAACAAAUCGUGGUGAUAUCGCUAAAUAUAUUUAAUAAAUGUAUUUUAUGAUUGUACUUAUAAUUUUGAAUCGAACUCUUUUAAACCGUUGCUGGCACACACCAAAAACAAAAAAGAUAAGAAAACAUUUAGGCGCACAAUGUAAUUAAGAUAUUUUAAUUGGUGCACAGACACACACAUUGCAAAAACUAUAUAUUUAUUGUAAAACUGCGAAGUUAUCCAAUGCAUUUUUAAGCUAACUUUUAAACAUUAACAAAAGUGCAACUCAGUAACAAUCAGCAAUGCAAAAAUAGUUGAAACUCAAUAAUGCAAAUAUUUCAAUUUUAGAAAUCACAGUCGUGGAGUGCUAAACAUUUUAACAAUUAUUAUAAACCAAAAACUAUAAAUUAAACGAGGCACAAAUUAAGAGAAAUGGUGUUAAUAUAUAAAGCGUUGAAACACCUACACACACACACGUAAAUGCGAAAACAUAUUUAUGAAUUUUUAACACAAUAAUGUACAUUUGAUAAUUCAAAUAAAAUUUGAAAUGCAUGAGAAAUAAGAGAAAACCCCAAAAAAGUGCGUUUAAAUUUCGAUGCAAAAGCGGCCUGUUAUCGAUAGUUCGACUGUUGAAUGUUUUGGACUUCCUAGAGAGGCCAUGCUAAUGUUGGUUUAAUAUAAAAAUGUAAUUUUAUUUUGUAGGAUUUAGGAGCAAUAACCUCUCAGCAUCACACAUUUGUAUAUUGAUUCACUUAAUUGUCGCAGUAUUUUGAUAUUUUGUCAUUGGUGCAUGACGAUCCAGCUUGUGCCAUCUCUAGCCAGGCCAAAAAAACAUUCCAAUUUCUCUGCUGCGAUUUCACUUUCACAAACCAAGGUAAAUAAACAACAAACAAAAGGA